AUGAAUACCACACAGAUUCUCAACAUUUCUUACUGGAUAUCGGAUCUUUUACGCGAAGAGCUCGUCUACUGCUGCCUCCUACUAGCGUUUCUCUUCUAUGACCCAACCAUGACCGUAUUGCUCUGCCGUUUGGGGCUUUGGACAGAGCGACUGAAGCUCUGGAUGUGGUUGGCGAAUCCGAAACGCGUCUGGAAGAUGCUCGUCAUGUUCACGGCUUUCUUCAAGGCCAACUACUUAGGCAAGGGCUUCCUCAAGGUAUUGGGCUUGUUUGUACCCGAGCCCACGGUUGCGCAGCCAGUCAAGCCAUUGGAACCCGGAAAGGUCAAGGAAUCUGGAGAAAAAGAGAGACUUGAAACGAUAUUGGAGGUCGAUGAGGAGGGGGGGUCUGACCAGGUCGCGAGGACUGACGAGGUAGAAAGGCCUGACGAGGUAGACGAGCCUCCUGCGCCGGCUCCAAUUCGACCUCAGCAAGACGGUGGCGGAAACAGGGGGAAGAAGCCGAAGAACAAGAAGAACAAGAGAAAAGGGAAGCGCUGA